AUGGAUGCGCCUUCAGACCUCGACACCAGAGAAGGCCUCAUCUCCUUGAUGCAAACACUUCAGGUGCCGGCGCCCUUGCAAGACGCAUUAAUCAACUCAGGCAUCGCAUGCAUCGCAGAUUUUGCAUACGCAUACUCAGACGCAUCAGACCUCAACUCUUUCAUUGCCAAGCAGCCUGACGCCCUGUGGGAAGGCAUGCAAAUCACGGACCCAGAGCACUCGCCGGCAGUCGCACGCAGGGCACUAGACAGGCCGGCUCGGCCCCUGCACCGGCACCCGCAAGCCAGCACGCCUGCUGCAAGCAACGUCUGGGCAGAGCACGCACCGCCCCGCUUGGACUCAGAAGCAGUCCAACGCAUGCAAGCAAGCUUCCGAGCCAACUGCCCGGGCGAGCACCUGGACGCAGAUGGCAUGCCCAGCAUUCGCCUGCUCAGCCUGGUGCACCAGUGGUUCACCCCUAAGGGGGUGAUCAAGUGGGUCACAGCACUCGCAGAAGCAAUGCGCAACCUGCAGCUCAAGCAUGGGAACAAGACGCUCUGCAUCCGCUUCAACAAGACGGAGUGCAAUGAUCGCAAGUGCAAGUUUGCGCAUCUCUGCGCCAUCCGCCUUGCCAACGGCACAGAACGCAGCUCCACACCACAGCCUAGAUCACGCACGCCCAUGCCAGCACGCAAGUCUGCGCAGCAACCUCGCCUCUUCUUGGACCUGUUCUCGGGUCAGCGUGCGCCCUUGACACAAGCUAUGGAGCGCCUAGGCUGUGACUGCUUUCAUCCCUUCGACAUCGCAUUCGCACCAGGCCUGGACAUACUGAAUGACUCGCACUACCGCCUGCUCCUGCGCGUCGCAUGCAGCGGCAUUGUAGGGGCCGGCUGGUCGGCGCCGCCAUGCAAAGAGUACUCGCGCCUCAAACUCCGCAGGCCAGGCCCAAAAGCACUACGCACUCCUGAGUUUAUGCAAGGAGUCCCAGGCCUUUCAGAAGAGGAGCUCCUCCGCGUAUUGCAAAGCACAGAGAUACACGCACGCAGCCGCAGGGUCACCAGAUGCAUCCGCGAAGCAGCAGGCGAAGCAGGCCUGGAGCAGCCUGCCUCCUCGAUGGCGUGGCUGGAGGAGGACAAUGUCACCUUGCUGCGCGAGCUCUGUGCACAUUGUUCGCACGUGGCGGCAUGCGAGCACGGCAUGGACUAUUACAAGUCCUGGGCCUUCUGCGCAAGCUUUGCAUCUAUUCGCACUCUGGCAUGCACCCGCCACCCACCAG